AUGGCAGGCGUCAUAGCGGAUUCUUCAGAGGAGACGAUGAGCCUCCGGUGGAGCCUCGCCGGCAUGACGGCGCUCGUCACCGGAGGAACCAAAGGCAUUGGGCUUGCGAUCGUGGAGGAGCUGGCCGGUCUUGGCGCCAGGGUGCACACCUGCUCCCGCAGCGCCGCCGACCUGGACCAAUGCCGCCGGCGAUGGCAGAGCAAGGGCCUACAAACCCUGAUCACCACCUCCGUCUGCGACGUCUCCACGCGCCACGACAGGGAGACCCUCGUCGCCACGGUCCGCGACCUCUUCGGCGGCAAGCUCCACAUCCUCGUCAACAACGCCGGCCAGUCCCUCUACAAGCCGGCCGCCCGCACCACGCCGGAGGACUACGCCCACCUCAUGGCCACCAACCUCGACCCCUGCUUCCACCUCUCCCAGCUCGCGCACCCGCUGCUCCGCCAAGCCAGAGCGUCCUCCGUGGUUUACAUGUCCUCCGUCACGGGCUACAUCGCCUACCCGGCACUGUCAGUCUACUCCGUCACCAAGGGCGCCAUGCACCAGCUCGCCAGGAGCCUAGCCGCCGAGUGGGCGACGCACGGCAUCCGUGUCAACUGUGUCGCGCCAGGCGGCGUCGAAACCGACUUCUCCGCCACCACGCUUGCCGCUGACACAGCCAUGGCACGGAAGCUUGCCGACAUGGAGACAGCGCGGGUGCCCAUGCGACGCUUCUGCAAGCCCCACGAGGUCGCCACGGUCGUGGCAUUCCUCUGCAUGCCCGGCGCUGGGUACAUCACCGGCCAAGUCAUCUGCGUCGACGGCGGACGGACCAUAGCAGCCAAGAUAUGA